UUCUUUUGAUUUUCCUUUUGCGAUUGGGUCCUCCUCCUCUUCUAUGUGCAAAACCAAAAAGGCAGCCGACGCGUCUGAGCCUCAACCUGUUCCUUCCGGAAGUCGCCCGACUCAGCCUCCUCAAUCUCAACCAACUCGCUCGACUCACUCCCCUCUAACUCAUUCAAGUGGCCGCAGCCAUUCCCCGAUUCCCACCACUUCUAACCCCACCAGCGAUGCUUACGCCUCCUCUUCAUCUUACACCAAAGCAACGUCGUCAGGGACCGGGACAUCAAUUUCAAGCCGUACUUCACUCUCUAGCCUCCGCGAUUCCCUCCCUGAAAACCCUCACAUCUACCACAUAAGCGAAAUCCGAGCCGCCACCAACAACUUCUUAGCCAAACGCUACUCCUCCUCUUCGGCAUCCACUGCCGCCUGUUGGCGCUGCAAUCUCCGCAGUCGUGACACUGUCGUUUUCCAGCGCAAGUUUCGCCGCAAAAUUCAAACAUCUCAACUCAAAGAACGAUUGUCCACCAUUUGUAGAAGCCAUCACGUAAGCAUAAUUAAGCUACUCGGCGCUUCCAUCUCCGGCGAUCAUAUUUAUCUUGUUUACGAGUUCAUCGAAGGAUCGAAUCUUGCUGUGUGCUUGAGAAACCCUAGAAAUCUGAGCUUUACUGUUCUCUCGACUUGGAUUUCGAGAAUGCAGAUCGCCACUGAUCUUGCUCAUGGCCUUGACUAUAUUCACAACAAAACCGGAUUAAAUCUGAGUAUCGUCCAUAGUCACAUUAAAAGCAGUAGCAUUAUCAUCACGGAGCCUUCUUUUAAUGCAAAGAUUUGCCAUUUUGGAACAGCACAGCUUUGCGGAGAAACAGACCAGGACGAAACGCCGGAAAUUGACAUCUCGAAACGUGAAACAGAAAUCGAACAAGUGACUGAGGAAGGUAGCGACGCGAUUUUUAGGAAAUUGAAGAGAUCUGACAGUGGAGAAAGAAAGUUCGAAGGCGUGAGGGGUUACAUGUCGCCGGAGUUCAGAUCCAGCGGCGUCGCGACACAGAAAUCCGAUGUUUUCGCCUUCGGAGUGGUGAUUUUGGAACUAUUCUCAGGGGAGGAGAUGUUAAAAUACCGGUACGAAAAAAAGACAGGUAAUUUUGAACGGACUUCUGUGAUGGAUACGGCGGCGGAAGCGGUGGCGGAUGGAAGAAAAGGGUUGAGGAGGUGGGUUGACAGGAGGUUGAACGAUUCAUUCCCGGUAGAGGUGGGGGAGAAGUUGAUACGUCUAGCGUUGGAUUGCGUACACGUGGAUGCAGAUAAACGGCCGGAUAUGGGACGCGUGGCAGGGAAAAUUUCCAAGCUUUAUUUGGAAUCGAAAAUAUGGUGUGAGAAUGUGAAUGUUCCCACAGGCAUUUCGGUCUCAUUGGCGCCCAGAUGAGAUGAGGUGGGAAACAUGGCGGCUUUAUUAUUUUAAACAUUUUUGCUGAUUCUGUACUCAGACUCAGCUUAUUGAUUUUGACAC